GCUCGCCGGGAAGAGGGCCGAACCGACAGCCCGCGAGCCCCUGCGGGAGGGGCAUGAUGGCGGCCCAGGCGCUGGCGCUGCUGAGGGAGGUGUCGCGGCUGGAAGCGCCGCUGGAGGAGCUGCGCGCGCUUCAGUCGGUGCUGCAGUCAGUGCCGCUGAGCGAGCUCCGCGAGCAAGCGGCGGAACUGCACCUUGGGCCGCUUUUCUCGCUGCUCCACGAGAACCACAGGGAACAGACUGCUUUGUGUGUAUCCAUUCUGGAGAGAUUGCUCCAAGCUGUGGAGCCAGUUCACGUGGCCCGGAACCUCAAGGGUGACCUGCAGAGGGGGCUCACCCACCCCAGUGAUUCUGUGAAAAUCCUCACUCUGUCCCAGGUUGGAAGAAUUGUUGAAAAUUCUGAUGCUGUUACUGAGAUUCUAAAUAAUGCUGAAUUACUAAAACAAGUCGUUUAUUGUAUUGGUGGAGAGAAUCUAUCUGUAGCUAAAGCGGCCAUUAAAUCCCUGUCAAGAAUAUCACUGACCCAAGCUGGACUGGAGGCUUUAUUUGAAAGCAAUCUGCUGGAUGAUUUGAAAAAUGUAAUGAAAACAAAUGACAUUGUUCGAUACAGGGUGUAUGAGCUAAUUGUGGAAAUUUCUUCUGUGUCACCAGAAUCUUUAAACUACUGUGCCACCAGUGGACUGGUGACCCAGCUCCUCAGAGAGCUGACUGGCGAGGAUGUGCUAGUCAGAGCAACCUGUAUAGAGACGGUGACAUCGCUGGCAAGUACUCAUCAUGGACGACAGUACCUUGCUCAAGAAGGAGUAAUUGAUCAGAUUUCUAAUAUAAUUGUUGGGGCAGAUUCAGACCCUUUCUCUAGCUUCUAUUUGCCAGGAUUUGUGAAGUUUUUUGGAAACCUGGCUAUCAUGGAUAGUCCUCAACAGGUCUGUGAGCGUUAUCCUGCCUUUGUGGAAAAAGUCUUUGAAAUGACAGAAAGUCAGGACCCCACCAUGGUUGGUGUAGCAGUGGACACAAUUGGAAUCCUGGGAUCCAAUGUUGAAGGAAAACAGGUGUUACAGAAAACAGGAACUCGCUUUGAACGCUUGCUCGUGAAAAUAGGAUAUCAAGCGAAAAAUGCCUCAACAGAACUCAAAAUUAGGUGUUUGGAUGCACUUUCAUCACUUCUUUAUUUACCACCUGAGCAGCAGACUGAUGACCUCCUGAGGAUGACAGAAUCCUGGUUUUCUUCUUUGUCUCGGGACCCGCUGGAGCUCUUCCGUGGCAUCAGUAAUCAACCCUUCCCUGAUCUACGCUGUGCUGCCUUAAAAGUGUUCACGGCCAUUGCAGACCAACCCUGGGCUCAGAAACUUAUGUUUAAUAGUCCAGGUUUUGUAGAAUAUGUGAUGGACCGGUCCGUGGAGCGUGACAAAGCUUCAAAGGAUGCCAAAUAUGAACUGGUGAAAGCACUUGCCAAUUCCAAGACAAUUGCAGAAAUCUUUGGGAACCCAAAUUAUUUGAGGCUCAGAACUUACCUGAGCGAAGGUCCAUACUAUGUGAAACCUAUUUCCACAACAGCAGUGGAAGGAGCCGAAUGAUUGCUUCCGGAGUCUAGACCUCUUUUUUUUUUUUUUACCAAACCUUCUCCUAAGCCAUUUGACUCCAUCUGUAAUUUACAAAACAGAGACUUCCCUCCCCCCAGAAUUAUCAUGGAGCAUCUAAUGUAAUUUUAUCACCAAUAUUUGUUGUGUUUCUACAUUGAAGUACAGUCUGAAACCAGGAAAGGAGGCACACUUGGUCAGAAUUGAACCAAAUGCUUUUCAGAUUCCUUUGACUGCCUUAAUCUUUGCAAGAAGAUGGAAGUUUUGUUCUCCUCCCAGAACAUUUCCAUGAACUUACUGUCUUAUUUUAAAAUCUGCUUCAACUGAAAUAGAACCAGGUUGUUUCUGAAUUCUCUUCACCACCCUUUUUUUGUUCUUUUUUGGUCCUUUUCCCCCUUCUGAUGCCACUUUCAAAGUCUUGGAUAUAAAUAUUAUUUGAAAAACAAGUAAUAUGGAAUCUUAAAAUUAUGUUCUUCAUACUAAGAAUAAAUACUUUUAAUAAGG